AUGAAGGGAACGUCGAUCUUGGCUGCUGCCGCCUCUGUCGCCAUGAUGGCGCCUCAAGCGGCAGCUCAGGACACCUUCACUAAUCCCGUCGUCUGGCAGGACUUUGCCGACCUGGACAUCUUCCGCGUCAACGACACCUUCUACUAUUCGGCCUCGACGAUGCACUACUCACCCGGCGCACCAAUUCUCCGUUCAUACAACCUCGUAGACUGGGAGUAUAUUGGCAGCUCGGUCCCCGAGCUCGAGUGGGGUGAAAAGUACAACCUGGACGGCCACGGCUCUGCCUAUGUCGCAGGCAUCUGGGCCAGCUCCAUGCGAUAUCGAGAGAGCAACGGUCUGUACUAUUGGUAUGGCUGCUCUGAAUUCGCCAAGACGUGGGUUUACACGUCUCCCGAUCCAGCAGGGAAGUGGGAGCUGGCAGGAUCGCUCGACCAGUGUUUCUAUGACGUGGGCAUCUUGAUUGACGACGACGAUACCAUGUAUCUCGCAUCCGGCAGAUAUAACAUCAGUGUUACCCAGCUCUCCGACGACGGCUUGAGUGUCGUCCGCGAUGAGUUUGUCUGGUUAGAUAGUGUGAGGUAUCUCGAGGGAGCUCGCUUUUACCACAUCGACGGAUACUACUAUAUCUGGCUCACAAGGCCCGCCAAUGAGCAGCAUGUUCUCCGAGCGGACAAUCCCUGGGGUCCAUAUACGGAGCAUUCCAUUCUCGAAUCGAUCAAGGGCCCAAUUCCCAACUCUGGCGUGCCCCAUCAGGGAGCUAUCGUCGACACACCAAAUGGCGACUGGUACUACAUGAGCUUUCUCGACGCCUACCCGCUCGGGCGUAUCCCUGCUCUCGCUCCCAUAAAAUGGGAAGAUGGGUGGCCGAACCUGGUGACGGAUGAGAACGGCGCCUGGGGCCAGUCAUACCCCAAGCCAAACAUCCAGACCGAGAAGACGGUGCAGAAUCCCUUGGGUCCGUUCACGGACUCCUUCAACGGGGAGACCCUGAGGAAGGGGUGGGAAUGGAACCACAACCCGGACAACUCGGCCUGGUCUCUAGGGCCGGACGGACUUACUCUGAAAACAGCCACAGUAACAGCUGACCUGUAUGCCGCCCGCAACACGCUGUCGCAUCGUAUCAUCGGUCCCAAGAGCACGGCCACAUUCCGACUGAACGCCGCGAACCUGGUCUCCGGCGAUACGGCUGGCGUCGCUCUCCUACGUGACGAUUCUGCCUACAUUGGUGUGCACAAAAAUGAAGAUGGCUCACUCGUCCUCCAGCUCGUUGGAAACAUCACCAUGGCUGACAACGGCAACGGCUGGCAGACAACCUCAGAAGGCGCAGAGCUGGCGCAGGAGACAGCGGGCCUGGAAGCGGUAGCGUCUGGCGAGGGGGACAUCUGGCUGCGAGUAACGGCCGACGUGCAUCCAACCUUUGGCGUAACACCCGAGAAGGGGAACAACCCGGCCUGGUUCGAGUACAGCACUGACGGUGUUGAGUUCAAACAGCUGGGAUCAGAGUGGCAGUUGCACAAUCGCUGGCAGUUCUUUAUGGCGUUCCGCUUUGCCGUGUUCAAUUUCGCCGAGUCUGCCUUGGGCGGGUCGCUCCUUGUGAAGGAGUUUGCCUUGACGAUUCCCAGCUGA